UCUUGACACUCUGUUUGUACUCUUGUACUUUUUCUGCUUCCUUCUUUUAUUUUUGAUACUGAAGAUCACUCUCAUACCAAGACGCGUUCCUGGAAAGUCUAAUUUGAUCUAAGCAUCAUCCUUGAGAAGCUUCACUACUUCAUUCGAACGAAGACGCAGCUCCCACAUCACAUUUCGAGCUCUUGCGACAAUCAUCUGGAGGAAGAAAUUUUGAAACGGAAACGAGUUCCAAAAUGUCCGCCACAAUGAGACAAAACCUCUUCAAAUCCGCUGCUGCAUUCCGCGCCACGGCUGGACCUGGACCUGCUGCAUCGAAGCGAAGCUUUCAAGCUGGAAGGGUUGUGUUUGCUGGGAAGGAGACGAAGCCAGGCAACGAAGACCCCGAAGCACGCAAAGCCGAAAUCGAACACCACAAACAAGCGCAAUUGCGAGAGCAAAAAGAGGGGAAGAAUGAAUGGAAAGAGGCGAUUGCGAGUGAGAGUGAGAGUAUUGCCAAAGCGGAUCGAGGCGAGUUGAAGGCCGACAAGGCUAGUAUUAAGGAAUUGCAGGAAGAGAGUGCGAAGGCUGCGAAGAAGGAGAGGUCGUAGAGGGCAGGCCUUUGGGGAGGAUGUGACAGAGACAGAGACAGGAUGCUGUGAAAAAUAGGACUGGCAGAGAGAUACACCAGAUCGCGCGGGGUUGAAGAGCGACAGCUCAUGAGGCGGCGUUUGGCGCUCAGCUAGCGAGGUUCGAGGACAGUGGUAUGGCAUGCAAUGACAAUACCUGAAAUCGAUCAAAGUUCGAAUGGAA